GUCAGGUUGGUAUUCGCAUGGUCUUGUGAUCGAACAGCUGAAGCAGGCAAGAAAGACGAGGUGAAGAAUUGAGUGCUGGACUUUUCGAGUCACAUUAUUUCUUAAAUCGACGUGAAAUUUCGACAGCAAUCAUGGUAGACCGUGCGAAUAUCAAGCAGAUGAUACCGGCAUUGCCGGACGAGAAAAUUGAUAUGCUGGCAGCUACCAGUGUGCUCCAGCAACAAGCUGCUGAUAUUAGAAAUCAACGAAUUAAUUGGCAAUCAUAUUUCCAAUCCCAAAUGAUAUCGAAAGAAGACUACGAUUUUAUUGCGGCCUUUGAUUCAAGCGAUGCUAAAACAAGGGAGAAUAAGCUGAAGGAGAAUCCACAUCAGGCAGCUAAAACAUUCCUCAAUUUGCUUGGUCAUGUUUCGAAAGAUCAGACAAUUCAAUAUAUUCUCACGAUGAUUGAUGAUAUGCUACAGGAGGACCGUAGUCGUGUGGAAAUCUUUCGUGAGCACUCCACACGGAAACGAGAAUCUGUUUGGGGACCAUUCCUUAAUCUGUUGAAUAGACAAGAUGGCUUUAUAAUGAAUAUGACAUCGCGUAUUAUAGCUAAGUUGGCUUGCUGGAGUCACGAUCUCAUGGAAAAAACUGAUCUUCAGUUUUAUUUAACAUGGCUCAAGGAUCAGCUGAAACUUAGCAAUAAUGAGUAUAUUCAAUCAGUGGCACGAUGUUUACAAAUGAUGCUUCGUAUAGAUGAAUAUCGCUUUGCAUUCGUAUCUGUCGAUGGAAUUUCGACCCUCCUUAGCGUUUUGUCUGGCAGAGUGAACUUCCAAGUGCAAUAUCAACUUAUUUUUUGUCUGUGGGUACUUACUUUCAAUCCUCUUUUGGCGGAAAAGAUGAACAAAUUCAAUGUUAUACCCAUUCUUGCCGAUAUACUCAGCGACUCGGUCAAAGAAAAAGUAACACGCAUUAUACUUGCAGUGUUCAGGAAUUUGAUUGAGAAAGUAGAAGACGGACAAGUUGCCAAGGAACAUUGCAUCGCUAUGGUGCAAUGUAAGGUACUGAAGCAGCUUUCGAUAUUAUGCCAACGAAAAUUCGACGACGAGGACAUCACCGAUGAUAUCGAAUUCCUCAAUGAUAAACUGCAAGCGUCCGUGCAGGAUCUAAGUUCAUUUGACGAAUAUUCGACGGAAGUGAAAUCUGGUCGUUUAGAAUGGUCUCCUGUUCAUAAAUCGGGCAAAUUCUGGCGUGAGAACGCCAGUCGUCUUAACGAAAAAAAUUAUGAACUCUUGCGGAUUUUGGUUCAUCUAUUAGAGACCAGUAAAGACCCGCUCGUUCUUAGCGUAGCCAGUUUUGAUAUUGGCGAAUACGUGCGCCAUUAUCCACGUGGCAAGCACAUAAUUGAACAACUUGGUGGAAAACAGCGCGUGAUGCAACUUCUCGGGCACGAGGAUCCUAAUGUUAGGUACGAGGCUCUUCUUGCAGUGCAGAAACUUAUGGUACACAAUUGGGAAUAUCUUGGAAAACAAUUAGAAAAAGAACAGACAGGUGCAACUGGAGCAUCCACCAACAAGCCUGGAGCACAAGUGCCAGCGAAAGCUUAAACAUUCGUGCAACUUGUACAAAUUUUCUGAUUUCGAGAAAAUUUCGAAAAUAUUAUAUAGUUCACGUAAAAUAAUCUCAUCCGCUUGUUACAAAGUACAUAUAAAGAUAUUUACAUUUUCUUCCAUUCCGUACCACUGUAAAAAAAAAGAAGAUAUAUAAUCGAAUCCAUUUUUUCUUUGUGAAAAAUAAUUUUGUAACAUAAACUGUUGAUCGAUUUAUGUACAGAUGUUUUAAAUCAUGAAUAUGAGAUAAAUAGAUAUAUAUAAACGUCAGUGUAAUAAACUUCGUCGAUGUAAUAUCUUAGCUUUAUGAAUAGAAUUUGUUCUUUGGAAUGUUAGAAAAAAAAAUAAAAUUUUAUUCUGUUGAGAAAAAUUGUA